UGCGUAAUUCUCCAGAGGAUGUUGGGGGAUUAUCCACGUUACUACUACUGCUGACACUUGUGCAGUUCUUACUAGAAGGGACUUGGUGGUUCAUAUUGCUUUGAAAACAAGCUUUGGGUAGUGCACCCGGGCCCUCUCAUGUACUGCAAAAAGUUGGUGUUGUGACAUGACUACAUAUGGAAUAGGUAAUGACCCUUGUAACAUACAGAUAGCUCAAUAUAAAUUGCACUCUUAAUUCUUAUUCAUUUACAUGCAAUCAAAAUAAGCCGGUAGGGACAGCAAUAGUUGGAUCUGUUGGAUAUUCUGUGAUGGAUCAAUAAGCGUACAAAAACAAGGUGAACGUCUUAGAAAAGGUCCUGUUUUCCAAUUAUAGACUUGUCAAAUGGUUCUUCCACAAAAGGCCACAGAAUCUCUAAGCAUGCAGGAGACAAUGAACAUGACCCCUAGCAGUCUUCAGGAAAAUGGAUUGUCACAGGUGCUGUCUAUGGUUCUCGAGGAGCUUGGGUUGUACUACCAUAAAGAUGUGAAUGGAAUAGAUGCACUAUACAGCUUGCUCCAGGCUCCCUGGCUUCAGUCUUUACUCAAGGUACAUAAUUGUCUCCAGCAAUAUAUACAGCAGAGACCACAACCUGUUUUACAGAAAGCUCGUGUCCUGUCCAGUGAGGUUGUAGAUGCAUUACGUGAGUCUCCCUCUUCUGCUGACUCACGGGAACUGAAGCGCUUGCUACGAGGACCCCACUUCAAGGCAUUGCUCUCUGCUCAUGAUAUGGUUGCACAGAAAGAUUUUGAGCCCAUUCUGCCACCCCUCCCAGACAACAUUCCUGAUAAUGAGGAGGCCAUGCGAAUUGUGUGCCUGGUUAAAAAUAAGCAGCCUUUGGGUGCCACCAUUAAACACCAUGAAAUAACGGGUGACAUCAUCGUUGCCAGAGUUAUACACGGCGGUCUGGCUGAUCGAAGUGGGCUGCUGUAUGCUGGUGACAAACUGGUGGAAGUGAAUGGAGUUUCAGUGGAUGGCCUGGAACCUGAACAAGUUAUUCAGAUCUUGGUUGAGUCAGAGGGGACUAUUGUGUUCAAGCUUAGUCCAGUCGCUGAUCGUUCUAUAAACAGCCACACAAUGCUGUUUGUCCGGGCGAUGGCAGAUUACUGGCCUCAGCAGGAUCCAGCCAUACCUUGUGCUGAUGCAGGUUUACCAUUCCAGAAGGGAGAAAUCCUACAGAUUGUUGACCAGAGCGAUUCUUUGUGGUGGCAGGCAAGAAAAGCCUCAGAUCUCAGUAGAUGUGCUGGACUCAUUCCAUCCAACCAUUUGCUGAAACGGAAGCAACGUGAAUUUUGGUGGUCUCAACCAUUUAUGUCUUACUCCUGCAUUAAAGCAUCUCAGUUGAGCACUAUUGGGGAAGAGGAGGAUAUGAAGAUAGAAGAAAAAUUUGUGGAAGCUGAUGAAGAAACAUUUGAGUCAGAGGAACUAAAAGGAGAAGACGAAUUUAGAGACAAAGAAGGGAACAUCAUUGCAGCUGGUUUCAGAAGAAGUAUGCGUCUUUGUCGAAGGCAGACCCAUAGCAACCAGAUGUCCUGCUAUUCACGCUGCCCAAGCAACUGCUAUCAUACUGCAGCUGCCCCUUAUGAAGAGGUUGUGCGCUAUCAGAGACGCCCUUGUGACCGUCAUAGACUGAUUGUUCUCUUUGGUCCUUCUGGGGUUGGAGUUAAUGAACUGAGAAAGCAACUUAUUGGUUUGAAUCCCUCUGUAUUUCAAAGUCCAGUGCCACAUACCACACGCCAGAAGAAGACGUAUGAAGAAAAUGGUCGAGAAUAUUUUUUUGUGUCAAAAGAAACAUUUGAAAGUAUGGUCUACAGCCACGGCUUCCUUGAAUAUGGAGAAUAUAAUGGACACAUGUAUGGUACAAGUGUGGAAGCAGUCAAAGCAGUUCUAGAUGCGGCAAAGAUAUGUAUUGUUGACUUGGAGCCUCAGUGUAUUACGGGAGCUCGAAGGCAUGAACUUAAACCCUAUAUUAUAUUCAUCAAACCCCCCAGCAGGAAUUGCAUGAGACAAACACGAAAAAAUGCCAGCAUCUUCACAGACUACUACGUAAAUAUGACAUUCAAGGAAGAGGAUUUCCAGGAGAUUGAAGAAUCUGCUAAGAAAAUGGAAGCACAGUUUAGUCAAUUUUUUGAUCAAGUUGUGGUGAAUGACAAUUUAGAAUCUGCUACUGUACAGCUAAUAUCCAUUAUCCGUCGUGCACAAGAUGAGCCUCAGUGGAUUCCAGCAUCUUGGAUCUGUUUGGAUUCCUAGUAAUUACAUGAAUGGAAAAUAUAACUUGGAGUGGCUUUAACAGCUUUAUGCAAAGACUCCAAAUUCUUACAGGACUUAAUAAGUAAUUAUAAAGCAUAGGCAUGGCCAAACGUAUAUAAAUGUAUUUAUCACAGGUACAAAAAUGGUUUAAUUUAAGUAUUACAUUGCUAAUCAAGAGAAAAUCAUCAGUGAAUACAGAGCUGAAAUGCAUUUUUGUAGGGAAAAAUAAUUCUGUGGUUGAGAAAACCAAACCAUGUCUAUCUUCCAAUCUUGCAUAACAUACAUACAAUUUGUCAUUAUUAAAGAAAAAAAUGUCUGUGCCUAUAGAAGCAGAGUCAUGUUGAGUAAAUUACAUCUUAUCUUUCUGCUUAUAUGGUGUAAUAAUCUAGCUUUUCAAAAUGGUGUGUAUCAGCUGAUUAAAACAAGGAGUCUGCUAUAAUUUGUUUUUUUGAGAUCCCACCUUCAAAAGUUACUCCUCGGAGGAAGCAUCUAAAGCGGAGAGAGAAGCUCAGGGACCAUGGAGCACUGAGGUACCUCUGUCCUUUCGGAAUGUUUUUUUAAAUUUUGGAUGCAUUUGGAUUUGGAUAAUUGUUUUGUGUACCAAAUAAAUGUUUUGUGUGUGA